UAUCUCUGAAGGGCAUUUUAAGUGUGGGAGGUUUCUUACUUGACCUCAGCUAAACAUUUGAAAACGGAACUCAAGUUGAGUUGGAGCUGAGGUUGUUUCCACACGAACAGAUAAUCUCGUUCAGAUUACGCAAGGGAGAUGGCAGCCCUACGGACGGCACUCCACGGACGGCUGAUUCAAGCCCUUCCCUUUUCUUUUGGGUCCCUGCGGUUUGCCAGCUCCUUUAAGUUCAGCGCCUCGACUGACUCUGCAUCAGAUCUUGUUAUCGAACGCAGCGCAGCAUGCAAGCCAAAGCCCGACCCCUCCACCCUGGUGUUUGGCAAACACUUCUCCGACCACAUGUUGACCAUCAACUGGUCGGAGAAGGACGGCUGGGAGGACCCUCAAAUCAAACCUUUCCAGAACCUGUCGCUGCACCCUGCCACCUCUGCCCUGCACUACUCCAUAGAGCUGUUUGAAGGCAUGAAGGCGUUCCGUGGAGUCGACAACCACAUCCGUCUGUUCAGACCCAUGCUGAACAUGGAGAGGAUGCAUCGAAGCGCUGAAAGGAGCUGCCUUCCUUUGUUUGAUAAAGGUGAACUGCUGGAGUGUAUCAGGAAGCUGGUGGAGAUUGACCAGGAGUGGGUUCCCUACUCCCAGAAUGCUAGCCUCUACAUCAGACCCACCUUCAUAGGAACUGAGCCAUCCCUUGGCGUGUCUCGAGCAGGAAAAGCUAUGAUCUUUGUCAUCAUCGGACCAGUGGGACCUUACUUUGCCACAGGGUCCUUCAACCCUGUUUCUCUGAUGGCGGACCCUUCAUAUGUCAGGGCUUGGAAAGGAGGCGUCGGGGCAUAUAAGAUGGGAGGCAACUACGGUCCUACGAUAGCAGUGCAGAACGAGGCGAUAAAGAAGGGCUGUCAGCAGGUCCUGUGGCUGUAUGGCGAGCAGGAGGAGAUCACAGAGGUCGGCACCAUGAACCUCUUCAUCUACUGGACCAAUGAGAAAGGAGAGAGAGAGUUGGUGACCCCACCUCUGGAUGGCAUCAUACUCCCAGGAGUCACCAGACAGGCUCUGCUGGACCUAGCCAGAGGCUGGGGUGACUUUAAGGUGACCGAGCGCACAAUGGGCAUGAAGGAACUGCUGAGAGCUCUGGAUGCUGGGAGGAUCCUGGAGAUGUUUGGAUCCGGGACAGCCUGUGUCGUCUGUCCUGUUGGCAGCCUCCUCUACAAAGGGAAGACAUACCAGAUCCCAACGAUGCAGAAUGGUCCGGAUCUGGCAAAGAGGUUCCACAAAGAGCUUACUGAUAUUCAGUACGGACGCAAACCAAGUGAGUGGACACCGUUGGUUGUUUAAACGGCCAUAUUGCACAUGCCAGUUGCAUCAACAGUUAGUCCCAUUAUUUCACUUUGGAAGACCAGCGGCCCCCAUCUCAAGCCACUAAUGCACUCCUGCUUUGUUACCAACCGAGCAGACAGGUUGGUUGGGGGUUGGAAUGUAAAACUGCUCGCUUUGGACGGCAAUAUUAACAAUGAUAUGCAAUGUUUUGACUUGACACAAUCCUUAACCUUGAGGUAUGUACUACAAAGCAGGAAGUACAGUUGUCACUGUAAGUGGCGGGGGAAGCAAGCAACCAGCCAGAUGAUACAAAUUGAUCAAAAUAUAAAGAUGAGAUGUGCCUGGUGGUGAUUUCUACUUGACCAGCAUGAGUGCAUUCAAAUCUCUAAUCGGGUAAAUUCUCCAAUCAAGUGUUUGUCGUUCCUUCCCUGUGAGGACAACACUCGUAGUUGAUAGCACAAUCAUUAAUUUUCAUCAACAAUUUCAUUCUGGUAUUAACAAACUGAUAUGAAAUAUUUGCAAUACUAAAGCAGCUACGUAUUUGGUGUGUAGGACUUAACAGAUAAAUUAGACAGUUAACCUCUGGGCAGAAUGCAUUUCUGAAUUACUGUUUCUCAACAAAUGUAUUGAAAUGUAUUUCACAACAGAUAAAAAAUUGUAUUAACAAUAACAUGUACUACUAGCAACAACCAGUGGUGUUUUCUGCAAAAUCUUUAACGGUUACGUGUUAAAGGUACCUGUAAAAGCACAUCAUAGGAUAUGUGUUGUUACUGUCGUGUACAUGAUGAUCCGAGUACUGCCGUAGCUUUUAUGGGGCCAUGUCACUUUGACACCAGAGUUUGCACAGACCUUGUUUCAAUGUCAGAUAUGUAUCUGAGCCUGACUCCUCUUUCAGAGAGGAAACAUGAGCGGCUUUUAUGUUGGUUUUGUUUGUUAAGAAUAGCACAACACAAGAACUAAAGAUUGAGAUUAAAAAAGGCGAGGUGUGAAGUGAACUUCAGCACGCACAAAUGGUAGGACGACCGAAGGCCUACACGCUCUAGAAGAGGACUGAUCAAUGCUCGCAGUUACUCCUGCACUAGUCUGUGUGUAAUCAUUAAGACAAUGUAUAGUAACAACUAGUGUUGUUGUUUAGAGGUCUUUAAAUUAUAUUUGUCCUUGUUUUGAUGUGAAAUUCGGUAGAAGGUCUUCCAAAGUACUUGACUGUGGCUGUUUUUCUGUAUUCUCAGCUUCAUGUCCUCCUUUUUACUCCCUUUAAAUGUAUUUUUGUUCUUACUCUCUGUGUAAGUGCCUAACCUCUGUCAGCUUGUCCUUCUGUGCAUCUUCAGCUGCGGUUUUGUUUUUCCCAAUUUGUGCACUAGGGGACGAGGCUGGAUUCUUUAAGUAAUGUCAGUUUAGGGUUUUAUUUUAGAGUGUGCUGUUACCUUUCCAAGACACAAUAAACAAAAGAUCAGUAAAGCUUA